AUGAUGUCGCAAUUUGCUCUCCCGGGUGCCAACAAACCAUACAGAAGCACCCGAACCCCUAGCCUCAAACCCCGGAAUGGGCGGCUACUGCUUCCUCUAAUGGCUACAAUUGGUCUCGGUUUCGGCGCAUACAACUAUUACAUCGCGGCCAAGUCACGACAAGAACUCUCUAUGCUUGAAGAACAAGAACGCCAGGCGCGAAACCAACAGCUGAUGGACGCGUACGGCGACAAGAACAGUCUACAUGAUGUCCAGCAAGCACUUGACGCCUACAAUAUUCGGUGA